AUGCCAAGCUUUAUUUCUCAAACUCCAACUUCUAAUCAAAUGGCCACGGAUGGAAAUGCAACUCAUUCCUCUCGUCUUUCAGAUUUUGGUGUCCUGGAACAGUAUCUAGGUUUUCGAAUUGGUGAUAGUGCAAUUGCCAAUAAUCAACCAGAAUAUCUAUUUUUGCUUCUAUUUGUUGUUUUGUCAGCAGGACCUGAUCUCCAAUCUAACAAGUUGAACAAUUCCAUCCCCCCUGCACCUCAAACGAUCCAAUUGCAAAAAGGGUCGCAGCCAAAUAUAGUUUCUGCAUCUGGUGCUCAUCAUGAGAACUGGGGUGAGUCUAACAUGGCCGAUUCCAGCUCCCGAACUGAUACUUCUACGGAUGCUGAUGGAGAAGAUAAAAACCAGCGGGGUGACAUGGGUCAAUCCAAUGCUCCUGGUGCUUAUGAUUCUAGUGAUAAAUCAAAGGAAAAGAACUUGGAUCAGAAGACUCAGCGUAGGCUUGCUCAGAAUCGUGAAGCUGCAAGGAAAAGUAGAUUGAGAAAGAAAGCUUACGUACAACAGUUAGAGAAUAGUCGGUUAAAGCUAACUCAACUGGAACAAGAACUUCAGAGAGCCCGUCAACAGGGGAUGUUCAUUUCAAGUAUGGGUGACCAAGCUCAUGGAACAAGUGGCAACGGUGCCAUGGCAUUUGAUGUAGAAUAUGCUCGGUGGUUGGAAGAACAUAACAGGCACAUAAAUGAUCUGAGGACAGCUGUAAAUGCGCAUGCUGGUGAUUCUGAUCUGCGUGUAAUUGUGGACAAUGUCACAGCCCAUUAUAACGAGAUUUUCAGAAUAAAAGGUACCGCAGCAAAGGCUGAUGUAUUCCACAUCUUGUCAGGAAUGUGGAAAACCCCGGCGGAGAGGUGUUUUAUGUGGAUUGGUGGAUUUAGGCCCUCUGAACUCCUGAAGCUCUUAGGGGAUCAUUUGGAGCCUCUGACUGAGCAACAGAUGGCCGGUAUCUACAAUUUGCAGGAAUCAUCUCGUCAGGCUGAAGAUGCUCUUUCACAAGGCAUGGAAGCUCUGCAGCAGUCUCUGGCUGAGACGUUGGCAAAUGGGGCUUCUGUCCCUGAGGGGUCAUCUGCUAAUGUGGCGAGCUAUAUGGGUCAAAUGGCCAUGGCCAUGGGAAAGCUAGGGACGCUUGAAGGUUUUCUCCGCCAGGCCGACAAUUUGCGACAGCAAACUCUUCAACAAAUGCAUCGCAUAUUGACCACCAGACAGUCAGCCCGUGCGCUUCUGACAUUAAGUGACUACUUCUCGCGCCUUCGAGCCCUCAGUUCCCUUUGGCUGGCUAGGCCGCGGGAGCAAUGA